GGUGUUCCGCUGCGUCAGCGAGGCCCGACCGCCCUUGGGAGGAGGAGCCCAGGGGCCAGCGCGGCGCUGGCCGCCCUCGCCUCCCACCAAGGGCGCUGAGCACGCAAGCCGCCGACCUGGCGGGGUUCGCGGAGCCCGGGCCCAGCCGCCGCCUCCCCCAGGCGCUCCUACUCUCCGGGCAUCUGCAGUCCGAGCGGAAGGGGCGGGAACGCCGGCGACGCUGAGGAGCAAAGCACACGCUCGGCCUCCCGGGGCAGCGGACGGCCUCCUUCUUCCCCGCACAGACGCACCGCCCAGGAGGGGGCGGGCCCGGCGGGUCGGGGGGCGGGGCCGGGGUCGGGGGGCGGGGCCGGGGUCCGAGCUCCGGCCCGCCUCUGCCUCCGCCAGCUCCUGUGAGCCGCCGAGUGCUAGGCACCCGGGCUGUUCUGAGGGCUCCAGAGGCGCCGCCCAAGAGACCCUGGGCCCGCGCCGGGCGCAGCUGCCUCUCCGCGUUUGCCUGUCCGUCUUUGUGUCUGUCUCUGUGUCUGUCUGGCUAUCUCCGAGUUUGCCUCCGCUUCCAGAACUAAGCCAUCCAGACACCAUCAUCCCGAAACCUCAAGCCCUUCUCCCAUGGCAGGCUACUUGCCCCCCAAAGGCUACGCCCCUUCGCCCCCACCUCCCUACCCUGUCACCCCUGGGUACCCGGAGCCGGCGCUACAUCCUGCGCCCGGGCAGGCGCCAGUGCCCGCCCAGGUACCUGCCCCAGCUCCCGGCUUCGCCCUCUUCCCCUCGCCCGGUCCCGUGGCCUCGGGGUCUGCUGCCCCCUUCUUGCCACUGCCUGGGGUGCCUUCCGGCCUCGAAUUCCUGGUGCAGAUUGAUCAGAUUUUGAUUCACCAGAAGGCUGAGCGAGUGGAAACGUUCCUAGGCUGGGAGACCUGUAACCGCUACGAACUGCGCUCUGGGGCCGGGCAGCCCCUGGGUCAGGCGGCUGAGGAGAGCAACUGCUGCGCCCGUCUGUGCUGUGGCGCCCGCCGGCCGCUGCGUGUCCGCCUGGCCGACCCCGGGGACCGCGAGGUGCUCCGUUUGCUCCGCCCGCUGCACUGUGGCUGCAGCUGCUGCCCCUGUGGCCUCCAGGAGAUGGAAGUACAGGCUCCCCCAGGCACCACUAUCGGCCACGUGCUACAGACCUGGCAUCCCUUCCUCCCCAAGUUCUCCAUCCAGGAUGCCGAUCGCCAGACAGUCCUGCGAGUAGUGGGGCCCUGCUGGACCUGUGGCUGUGGCACAGACACCAACUUUGAGGUGAAGACUCGGGAUGAAUCCCGCAGUGUGGGCCGCAUCAGCAAGCAGUGGGGGGGCCUGGUCCGAGAAGCCUUCACGGAUGCAGAUGACUUUGGCCUACAGUUCCCGCUGGACCUGGAUGUGAGGGUGAAGGCUGUGCUGCUGGGAGCCACAUUCCUCAUUGACUACAUGUUCUUUGAGAAGCGAGGAGGCGCGGGGCCUUCUGCCGUCACCAGUUAGAGGCCACCAUGGUGUGAGGAGACCAUCACCUCAACGAGAACUCCAGAUGGUCGCCUGCCCUGGCCCCUCCUCCGGGCAGCCCCUUUCCUCCAUGUACACUGCAGGGGACAGAAGGGGGCCCCAUCCCUACCCUACUCCCUGGCUUCCUGCCCCUGUGGUACCCAAGGAGGGGUAUGUAUGAGAGCCCCUCUCCUGCUACCUCCCACCAUUGUCCCAGCAGUCCCUUGGCACACAGGCAUAUCAGCUUUCACACUUUACCCACGCACUCCCUCCCACCCCCUUCCAGGGCCUCUGCUCCAAAGCAGGCCUCUGGAACCCAGGACCCUGGGGUUUUACAAGAGGGCUGGGGUGGGGAAGGGCAAGCUGCACCAAAGACGGUGGACAUAGCCAACCCCCCAGCAUCUGCUUGGCCAAUUAGUUCAGCCUCAGACCAUGGCACUUCAACGGGGUCUCCACCUCCCCAUCAACAGCUGCAGGGGGACCCCAGUGCCAACUUCCUCUCCCACUAGGGCCCUGCCCUCAGCUGGUGCUUGCUGCGAUUCCUGUGCCUUAUGUAACCGCCCUUCCUUCCCUUGCCCUAGGAAAAAGGCUGCAUCUUUAUAUGUUACAUUCAUAUAAACUUUGUAACUUUUUGGACAUUGAAA